GCAAGCCAAGCUUGGAGCAAAGUGGUGAGAAUGGAGCAGGACCGAGGCCUUUAGUGAAAAGAUCAGCUAAUUGUGAGGAAGAUGGAAUGUAAGAGGUGCGGAUGAUACCUCGCUGAACCUUCUCACGAACCAAAUGACAAUCGAGCUCGAUAUGCUUGGUUCUUUCGUGGAAUACUGGAUUUUUGGCGAUGUGGAUAGCGAAUUUGUUGUCGCAAUACAAGAGAGCAGCUUGGGAAUGAGAGAUACCCAAAUCAUGAAGUAGAUAAAGGAGCCAUUGAAGCUCACAAGUCGCAAAAGCCAUCGCGCGGUAUUCUGCCUUAGCCGAGGAACGAGCGACCGUCAAAUGUUUUUUUGAUCUCCAAGACACAAGAGUGGAACCGAUGAAGACACAAUAGCCAGAUACAGAACGGCGGGUGUCUGGGCAGCCCGCCCAAUCAGAAUCUGCAAAACCAUGGAGUUGGAGAGAAGAUGUAGCUGAGAAGAAUAAACCUUGGCUGGGAGCAGCCUUGAUGUAUCGGAGAAGGUGAUGAGCUGCACGCAAAUGAGUAACAGUAGGCUGGUCUAGAAAUUGGCUCAAUUGUUGUGUGGCGAAACUGAUGUUGGGGCGGGUGGUUGUGAGGUAAAGCAACUGACCAAUCAAGCAUCGAUAGGCAAAACUAUCAACAGGAUCUGACCCGUCGUUGGCGAUCAGGCGAGUCUUUGGUUCCAUGGGAGUGAGAACAGGUUUGCAGUCAAGGAAACCAUGCUCGUGGAGAAUUUCGAGAGCAUAUUUCCUUUGAUUCAAGUGAAUUCCAGUUGGACUGCGAGCAAUUUCAAUGCCCAGGAAGUAAAGAAGCUCACCGAAAUCCUUGAUUUGGAAGAGAGAAUCCAAGUGGUGUUUCACAGAGGAAAUUUCAGAAAGAUCAUCUCCAGCAAGAAUAAGAUCGUCUACAUAAAUGAGAAUCGUUGUGAAGGAAGUUGCAGUUUGCUUGAUGAAGAGAGAGUGAUUAGAGAGACAUUGCCGAUAACCAAGAUGGAUGAGUGAUUGAGAAAGCUUGGAAAACAAUUGGCGAGAAGCCUGUUUCAAACCGUAUAGAGAUUUGUGGAGACGACAAACCUUGGGAUGAUCCGAAGAAGGGAUGACAAGUCCCGGAGGUAGUUGCAUAUAAACUUCUUCAUGGAGGUCACCGUGGAGAAAAUCGUUAUUCACAUCAAGUUGGUGAAUGUGCCAUCCACGAAUAGCAUCAAUCAUCAAGAGGACACAAACUGUGGUGAGUUUCACAACUGGGACGAAAGUAUCAGUAUAAUCCAAACCUUCCUGUUGACUGUAACCUUUGGCAACCAAACGCGCUUUGAAACGCUCAACACUACCAUCAAAGCAAAAUUUUGUCCUAUAAACCCACUUACAACCAAUGGGGAUAAUUCCAGGAGGAAGAUCAACAAUGGACCAGGUUUGAUUCUGUAUAAGAGCAGAUAACUCAGCUUGCAUUGCUUUUGUCCAGUAGGGGUAUUGUGAGGCUUGUUUGAAUGAAAUGGGGUCUUGAGAAGAAGAAAUAGAGAGGGCAAAAUGCUGGUAGGUAGGAGAAAGGGAAUCAUAAGAAAGAAAAGUGGGAAGAUCAUAAUGUUUACCUUGUUUGUUGGAGAUAGACCGUGGUGGAAGAGGAUUGGUUUCACCUUGGCAAAGCAAGCUACGAUGGUAUGAUGCAAGAUAGCUUGGUGGACGAUGCAGACGGUCAGAUUUUCGGGGAAGAUGAAGGUAGGGAGAAGAUGGUUCAUUGGAAACAAAAUCAUCAUCAUUAUGUUCAUACGGGACAGGGCUGGAAAGUGGAAAGGGGGCUGGAGGGUGAGGACUAGGUGAAGCAGAAACGGUUACAGUAGGUGUGGAAGUUGAAAAAGUAGGAUGUGGAAGGGAAAGAUGAACUGGUGGGUCAUCAUAAUUUAAAAAAGAAGAGGGAUUAAGAGGUGAAUCAUCCCUACAGGAAUCAGAGUCUGUGUUAGGAAGAGAAUGGAAGGGAAAUACAUGUUCAUAAAAGAUGAUGUCUCUAGAGACAAAUGUUGAAUCAGAAUGUAAAUCAUAAAGCUUGUAGCCUUUAGUGUAAGAAGGAUAACAUAAAAAGAUGCAUUCACGAGCUCGAGAAGUGAAUUUUGUGCGAUGAGAAGGUAAAGUAGAGGCAUAGACCAAACAACAAAAGACUGUGAGUUCCUGAUAAUUGGGUGGCUUGAGAUGAAGUUUUUGAAAGGGUGUUUGGUUGUCAAGAACAGGUGUGGGGAGACGAUUGAUUAAAUGGACAACAUGUCGAACACAAUCACUCCAAAAACUCAGGGGUAAACCAGCUUGAAACUUGAGAGCCCUAGCAACGGAGAGGAUAUGUUGGUGUUUUCUCUCGACUCUACUAUUCUGUUGAGGGGUUUCAACACAAGUGGUUUCAUGGACAAUGCCUUUAUCAGCAAAAAAAGGUGUGCAUUUUGAACUCUUGGCCAUUGUCACUUCUAAUUCUCCUAACUUUGGUGUGAUAUUGGGUUUCAACAUAUGCACAGAAGCUUUCAAUAUGACCACGGGUUUAUGAUUUUGAUUUCAUGAGCAUCAAUCAAGUGACACAAGAAAAAUCAUCAACAAGAGUAAGAAAAUAAGAGAAACCAUCAUAAGAAGGGAUAGAGUUUGGUCCCCAAAUAUCAAUGUGGACUAAGGCAAAAGGAGCAUCAGCUACAGAUUGACUCAAGGCAAAAGGUAGCUUCCUUUGUUUUGCAAAAUGACAUAUAGCACAAGGUUGUGUUGAGUUUGUAUAAAUGGAAGGAUCAAAAUGACUCAGAAUGUUAACCUUGGAAUGAGACAUGUGUCCUAAGCGAAAAUGCCAUAGAUCGAAGUGUUUAGGCACUUUAGAAUGAGAAGACAAAGCAGUACAUGAAGGGUUGAUGGGUGUAUCAGGAACUUGCUGCUUCAUUUGAUAGAGCCCAUUUUCAACUUCAGCCAAACCAAUCCUCUUCCCCGUAGGUAGGUCCUGGAGAUGACAAUAAGUGGAAAAGAAAGAGAGAGAUAUGGGCAUAGUAGUUGUCAGUAUGUGGACAGAGAUUAAGUUGAAUGUGAAAGCAGGAACAAACAAGACAUUGAUAAGGGUUAAAUCAGGUGAGAAAUGAACUAUGCCUAUGUGGGUUGCUGGCACUUUGAUGCCGGUUGGAAGUGUUACUGUGACGUUGGAAAUUGGCUUAUAAGAUGUGAAAAGAGCUAGAUUGCAGAUCAUGUGAUCUGUGGCUCCAGUGUCAAGCACCCAAUUACUGCCAUGUUGCAUAUAUGUCUUGGAGAAAAGAGAAGAGGGAGUUUGUAUACCUGCUGGACUAUGGGUGGAAGAGAGGAAAGCAGCAGCAGAAUAGGUGGUAGGGUGAUACUGUGGAAUUGGCAAAGUAGGCCGAGAAGUGGAAGGUGUGUCUUGGACAAAAGCUUGCAGCUGAGUAUACUGUUCCUUAGUUAGUUUCAAACCUGCCAAAGACUGUGGAAGAUCAGUUUGUGUGAUUUGUGUAGCUGCAACUACUGAAUGUGCUUGAGCUUGCUGGUUGGGAUUGAAGCUUCCUCGAGGUGCAUAACCAGGUGGCCAUCCAUUUCUUUUGAAACAUUGCUCAAUUGUAUGGCCAUUCAUCUUGCAAUAAGUGCAAAAAGGUCUCCCCAUUGCAGGAAAGUUGUUAGGUGCCCUUCCGUUGAUAUUUCCUUGACCCCGAUCACCCCGGAAAGGAGGCCUGUGGUAGGGUCUUUGCUGCCCCCUGAAAUUGAAAUUUCCCAUGAACUGAUUACCAUUGAUUUGAUUGUUGCUGAACUGAUUAUUUCCAAAUUUGUUACCACCCGGUCUAUUGCCAACUUGGGAAUUUUGUUGCUGAAAAUAAGCUGGAGCAAUCAUGGCCAUGGAUUCUUGAGUUCUGUUCUGCUGAACAUUGCACAACUUUGCAAUCAAGAUGCAGACUUCCUCCACAAUCACGAUCAGUUCCGAGAUCCUCAUGAGGUCACCUUGAGCAUAUCGUGUUUUCAAGUUUUUCCAAGCUUCAGCUGCAGUCUUGAAGUUCAAAAGACUCUUCCUGAUGUUGUCACUAACAGAAAAAGUAAUCCAGCCAAGAACGAUGGUAUUGCAGCUAAUCCAUGGCUGGUACAUGGGAUCUGUGGGACUUGCAUGGAAAGAGAGCCAUCUAUGAAAGCUUUUCAGGAACCAAAAGAACAGCAGGGUUUUCACCUCCAUGUAAGUAGUAGGGAUCUGCAAACAAAUACUCCUUUCUGGGUGUUUUGGGCGGAUCAUCAACGUCUGCACUUUUGCCAGUAGCUGCCAUUUUAAAGCAGCAAGCUCAAGAAGAAUAGGAGAAAGAAGUUGAGAAACUCAAAGAAAGAAAGCAGACAAAAGGACAGAAGAAAGCAUGAACAACACUCAGACACACACGUGGGCUAGCUAAUAUUUUGUAUUGUCUUGACAUUUGGUAUUGGGCUGAUUUCCUUCUAGUAGCCACGAGCCCAACAUGGAGAAAUAAGAGCCCAAAUCAUUGUCUUCCAAAGUGGAAGGGAGAUGAACAGAAGUUGCUGCUGCGGAACUUUGUUCUUGUACAGAGGAAGAGAAACCAGAAGCAUCUUCUUGUAUUAG